GUGAAACUGGGUUGAGUCGUCUUACUAGAGUUGUGUAUUGGGUAUGUUUUCCUCACUGCUCCACACUGCAUGCAUGGAAAGAUAAGAGAGGAAGAAAGAAGAAAGUGGGAGAUACAAGCAAAUACAGUGAUUGUAGAACAUCUUAAAGAGGAAAUACGUUUCAUCCGGCAACAGACAUCUGCUUGGCAACUUGAUCAAGGAUUAUGAGAGCAGCCACACCAGUCCACCAUCAGCUCCAAAUCAUCCUUGAUUUACUGAUUCUUUUUACAGAGGGGUGGCAUGAUUUGGAUAACACUGAUUAUGACUGCUGGCCCUUGGACAAACCAGAUGAAUAUAACAUGCUGGACUGUGGAGGUCUGGAGAUGGCCUGGGUUCAGAGGCCUCCAGAAAAGGUCAUCAGCGGACAAUCCUUUGAUGUAGUCUAUGCUCUUUUUGCUUCUGAUCAUUUUUACCACUAUGCUGUGGAAAAUAAUUACCUCUCUCACAGUGAUGCGACUGCUGCUAAGAAGUUUUGUGAAGAACAGGAAUGCCCGCUGAAUUGGAAGGAUGCUAAUGGAGAGAACUGCUGUGUUCAUCACGCAAACAUACAUUCCUGUCCCUUGGCAUUCAUGGGGAAAGGUGGCAUUUGUGGACCAUGGAUUCCAGACGAUGGCCAAAUAUUCACUCACACCAUAUCUACAGCUGGCAAAAUGACACAGAAAAACUGGACUGCCAAGGUUGUCUUGGUGCAUAUUGGAAUGACUUCUCUCAUUGCACACAUCAGGGUUGGACGGAUGCAGGCGGCUUUAGAGGCCCAAACUAUGGUUCUUCCUGCAGUAGUCUGUGGGGACGACCUCUGUGAAGAUGACGAGAGUUGUUCCACAUGUCCUGCUGAUUGUGGUGAAUGUCCCUUGACAACUGAUGUCAGGAUCGCAAUUGCCUUACCGGUGUGUUUAGUCUGCACAGGCUUCAUUCUGACAGUCAUGUGGUUCCAGUACCAAAAGCAAAAAAUGUUUUGGGAUGAAAGCUGGAUUAUAGACUUUAACUCCAUCAAACAAGAUGCUGUGGCAAGAAUGGCACUGGGGAGCAUGUUGAGUGUCCCACAUGCCCUCAGCACCUCCAACACCAGCUGUCUGACAGCUCCGAGCUCCUAUACAGCAGCUGCAAAUGCCACUAAGGCAAACUACUUCACACAGACUGGGAUCUAUGAUGGUAAAACUGUAGCCAUCAAAAAAAUAAUGAACAAAACAUUUGCUCUCACCAAGACAAUACGUAAAGAAGUUAAACAAGUGAGAGAAUUAGAUCAUCCCAACCUCUGCAAAUUCAUAGGAGGUUGCAUUGAGAUCCCAAAUAUUGCCAUAAUAACUGAAUACUGCCCUAAAGGAAGUUUGAAUGAUGUGCUGCUCAAUGAAGACAUUCCUUUAAACUGGGGUUUCAGGUUUUCUUUUGCCACUGAUAUUGCCCAAGGGAUGGCUUAUCUUCACCAGCAUAGGAUUUAUCAUGGACGGUUGAAAUCUACAAACUGUGUCAUUGAUGAUCGUUGGGUUUGUAAGAUUGCAGACUAUGGCUUACAGUCCUACAAAAAAGAAGAUGCUUUGAUGGACUCCAACAUCUCUCAUCAGUAUUGCAGGCAAAUAUAUCUGCCUCCUGAAGCUCUGUCUGUACCAAACUUUGAACCAACUUCAGCUGCAGAUGUGUACAGCUAUGCCAUCAUUUUGCUGGAAAUAGCAACAAGAAGUGAUCCAGCUCUGGUAAGAAAACACUCUUUAUGCCCACCUUUGUCAGAAUUAAUAUCAGACAAAUCUGAGAAUGGCUGCCCGUGCCCCACAGAAUAUAUAGAGCUGAUCAGAAAGUGUCAAAAGAGCAAUCCAAUACAAAGGCUUACCUUUGAGCAAAUCAAGAAACUGUUGCACAAGAUGAACCCAAACAAAGUGAGCCCAGUGGACAUGAUGAUGACUUUGAUGGAGAAAUACAGUAAACACCUGGAAGUGUUAGUAGGAGAGAGGACACAAGACUUAAUGCAUGAAAAGCAAAAGACAGACCGUUUGUUGUAUAGCAUGUUACCAAAACAGGUGGCUGAUGAUUUAAGGCAAGGAAAACCCUCACAGGCUCAAAGUUACAUCAACUCUACCAUCUUUUUCAGUGACAUUGUUGGCUUCACUCAGCUCUCUAGCACCAGUACACCUUACCAAGUGGUUGACUUCCUCAAUAAACUCUAUACAACCUUUGAUGACAUAAUAGAUAAUUAUGAUGUCUACAAAGUGGAAACAAUUGGAGAUGCUUACAUGGUUGUGUCAGGAGUGCCUAAAGAGAAUGGCAUUUGCCAUGCCAGUGAAAUUGCAAGUAUGGCUCUGGACCUUGUCUUGGUCUGUGAAACAUUUAAGAUCCCGCACAAGCCCAAUACCCAGCUAAAGAUCAGAGCAGGCAUCCAUUCUGGGCCAGUUGUGGCAGGUGUUGUUGGAACCAAAAUGCCCCGAUAUUGCUUAUUUGGAGACACUGUCAACACAGCUUCCAGGAUGGAGUCAACCAGUGAAGCUCUCAAAAUACAGUGCAGUUCAAACACAUACCAGCUGCUGGAACAGAUUGGAGAGUACAUAUUGGUGUGCCGAGGGAAUUUGCAAGUCAAGGGGAAAGGUGACAUGAUAACAUACUGGCUGGAAGGAAAGAAAUCUGGGACAAUUCUGAAGAAGGCGCCAAGCCCUGCUGCACCUUCUCAAACUCCCAAGCAAAGUACUUUCAGUCACAUCCCAGGCUUUGUAUAAAAUGACCCAUUUUCAAGCCCACCAUGAAAGAAAGUAAUGAGAUGGCAGAAGCAUUUUUUCAGUAGUUUUAUUCGUUGUUGAUCUAUAAAGCAAAAUGUUAAGCAAAGGGACUCUCAACUAUCUCAGGUGGCUUCUAAAGUUCUGCUUAGGGGAAAAGAGGGCAGAGGGAAAAAAAGAAGCAAUUCUAGGAUUGUGAACUGUUUUGUCAGCAUUUCCUAGACAGAUUUUUAGACAUAGUGUGAAAUUUUGAUUUUGCUAAAUAUCUUUCUAGUUCACUUAUGGUAUUAGUUCAUGAAUUAGCAUGAAGCAAAAAGAAUAUGGCAGAUCUAGAGAUUUUAGAAAGUCAUGUGCAACUUGUUGUAGAUUGCGUGGAAUCUGGUCCAUCAUAAACACAGUAGUUUCACACAGUUGAAAGAGGAAACAUAAAUUUACUUUUAUUCAGCAAAGUCAAAAGCAUAAACUUGUGGUAUUGAAUCAAAAAUAAAUCCUACAGAUUAACAAAUUUGUAUAGUCCUUGUAUGCAUCACUAAAUGCAGAGAGUAUGGCUUCUCACACUCCCAAACGAGAGAGCAAGUAUGUAUCCUAAAGCACACCCAGUUAUACUUCACCAGUGUGGCCCAAAUUUACUGGCAUUAAUUCAGCACCUGCAUAUACUGAUGACCGGAAUGAGGUUUUUUUUUAUUUCUUUAACACACAUAUCUACUCUAAUCUUGGU